UAGUAUGACAAUUUGAGCACCUCGGCGUAAGUGCAAUAGUUGCCUAAACAAACCUAUUGCCCUAAAUCGGGAAGUUAUGUCGCGUCGGGAUUUGCCACAGACUUGGCCUGCAAUUCGUCUUGGGCAAGCGCAUCUUUUUGCAAGAACUCCCUCUACCAUCUUGCUCCAAACCUUUCUCAUUCACUAUUCAACAAGGACGCUCUUGAAUCAUGGGCAGAAAUAAAGGUCGCAAGCCGGAGGUACCGCUCAGGUCCAAGCUCAAGAAGGAUCCUGGAGUGCCACGGCUCCCUAAUCUGAGGCUUCGCAAUGCAGAAAAACAGAAACUUCAUCAUCCACCUCCGCCUCCCCAUAGGCCUGAUCCAGACGCAGUAAUGGCGUCGGAACCUACACUCUCCUCCCUCGCGGCUCUUGCAGCCUCUGCGUCUUCAUCGACGUCUUCAGUGGAUCAUGGUCCUUCUUCCUCUACCGGACAGAGAGAGAGGUUCCAAACCAAGGAACAAGCUCGGAGACAUUUCGUAAAGACGCUGCACAAAGUCAUCGAUGAGAGUGAUAUCGUACUCCUUGUUCUAGACGCUCGGGAUCCAGAAGGGUGUAGAAGCAGACUAGUAGAAGAGGAAGUCAGAAGAAGAGAAGCGGAAGGCAAACGUUUGAUCUUUGUGCUCAACAAAGUUGAUUUGGUACCUGCUUCCAACGCUCAGGCAUGGUUGAAGUAUCUACGACAAUCGACCCCAACGUUGCCAUUCCGUUCCGUUUCGAACUCGAGUUCCACUGUCUCGACUGCAACAUCUCCUGCAUUGAUUAGGUUACUGAAGGCCUACCGACCGUCAUCCAAGCAGAGCAUAACAGUUGGCGUCGUGGGGUACCCGAAUGUCGGUAAGAGUAGCUUAGUGAAUGCUCUGAAGAGAGUCAAGGUUUGUCCUGUCGCCGCUCAGCCAGGCCAUACAACAACGUUACAAACUGUCCAUCUCGAACGGGGAAUCAAAAUCGUCGAUUCGCCAGGUGUCAUCUUCGACGACGAUAGCGAACUGGACAUCAAUAAACUCAAUAAGGGCGAGCGGAAGGCAAACUCAAGCCUUAAGUUGAGAAACGUCAUGAAGGUAGAAGAUGUUGACGAUCCGAUCGAAGUGGUCGAAGAGAUCUUGCACCGUGUCGAUCCCGCUACUGUUCAGAAGAUCUAUAACCUCCCUUUGUCUCCUGAUGGACAACCUCAGACUAAUUUCGGUACAACAUUGGAGUUCUUAACGAUGUUGGCCAUGACGAAUGGCAGAUUAUUGAAGGGCGGGACUCCAGAUGUUCUUGGAGCAGCUCGGCAGGUUUUAAACGACUGGAAUCAUCAGAAGAUCCCAUUCUUCUCCAACCCACCAACUAUCCACCCAUCCCUCAUUCCUUCUACUGUUGCGACAUCUUCCGGCGAGCAGAUAGUCGCUCCUGGUGCUGAGAAUGUCGGCCAAGCACGUAUUUUGACUCAGUUUGGCAAGCCGUUCGAGGUCGAAGGUCUAUUUGGCAUGGCUGAUCAAGGAGCUUUCGGCGGGGACUCAGCAGCCGGCGAAGCUAUGGCUGUGGAGGAAGAGAGCCAAGGUACCGAUGUGUGGAUGGACGAGGCCGCGUGAGUUGUGUUCAUUCUUCGAGAUCUUCCGGACGCUUUUUGCUAGGGCGUAUCCUGGGAGAAAUAAAAUGAUCGAGGAUAGCCCUAAUAAGUCGCUGAAACGAGGGCGUUCCCCUUCGCCUACCCCAGAAGCGAACUCACAACCUCAACGAGUCGGUUCACCCAUUCCGAUACGACCACCCAAACGACUACGAAGAUCACAUGCGUCUGAGCCCAUCGCGCCCUCGACGCUCGCAAGCAUGGGGAAUGCGAAUCCUUUGAAUCGAAAAGCUCUGAAACGUGAGAUGAAGAAGGCUAGAAGGGCCGGUCGGGUACGAGUAGGCGGUGGAAUUGGUACAGGGCGUAUGGGAACUGUCUCUGGUCGAAUGGAAGUUGAUGAUGAUCAUGGACCGGGUGGCAUUGGUUUGGGCUUGGGUGGUACUUUCUUCUCUGGGUUGAGCACUACGGAAGUUGCAUAGGACGUGCGGUGAUACUAUGGCUUUCUCCUCUGUAUAUCCAUUCGACUUGUCUGCUGACUGCUGGCUGCACAUAGACUCUUAUUGUCAUUUACUGCUGUUCUACAUGCAAUGGAUACAAGCAAAUACAAGAUAUCUUCUACAACGAUGAUUUACAUGGUAGGGU